ACACGCUGUACGUCACAACACGUCUGUCAAGUCAUCCCUAUGGAUACCUGGUGUAUAAUGAGUGCGUCCCAUAAAGCCAGUAGUACACGCUUCACGAGGCCCAGGUAGUACAGACGCACCAUUCUACACCUCCGGGUUCGCCAGCAGAAGCAAUUGCAAAUAUGAGUAGAGACGAGACACUUGGCUUCAGAAGAAACACUCCUGUUGAAGGAAUCAGCUUUACCUUAAACGAGAAAUUAUAUAGAGCUGACAGUGUCUAUGACGUGACGACAUCCCUCAACGACUACAUCCGUGACGGCGCGGGUCUGCCGGGGACCAAGGUGAUGUGUAAGGAGGGAGGGUGUGGCUGCUGCGCCGUCACCGUCACCAAGCCGGACCACAGCACCGGGAAGGACACCUCGUUUUCUAUCAACUCCUGUCUAUGUCCCCUCUACUGUGUGGACGGCUGGAAAAUCACCACGACGGAGGGUCUGGGGAACUCCAAAGAUGGAUUCCACCCAAUACAGAAGAGAAUCGCUGAGUUCAACGGCACUCAGUGUGGCUACUGUACACCGGGGAUGGUCAUGAAUAUGUAUGGGUUACUGCAUCAGAAACCUGACCUGACAAAACAAGAUAUCGAGGACAAUUUCGACGGCAACAUUUGUCGCUGUACAGGGUACCGACCGAUCCUGGACGCCAUGAGGACCUUCGCUGGGGCCACUACUGUUGGGCAGGGUUUAGACAUUGAGGAUCUUUCGAAGUCAUCUUGUGAACGCACCGGCAAGUCGUGUACUGGUUGUCAGAGUAACGGUUCCUGCAAUGGCGAUACAAAACAUACCAGCAAAGCGGAUGACAACCACAGAAUGUUCCAUAUUGUCAGAGGGGACACUGAAUGGUUCCGACCCAGGUCACUAGACCAGCUGUGCCACGUGAUUACCAGGAAUGGCAAGACUCGCAAAGUAUGCCAAGUCGCCGGCAACACUGCCUCGGGAAUUUACAAGCACGAUGAACCUUUUGACACCUACGUGGACCUACAGGACAUACAGGAACUUUACACAACUCAGACUCGGAGGUCCAGUGUGGUGGUCGGCUCCAACGUGACGCUCACUGUGCUGAUGGAGACGUUGUUACAGUUCGCCCCUGGACAGGGAUACUUGUAUUUCACGGAUAUCGUCGCACACCUACGGAUGGUCGGCAAUGUCUUAGUCAGAAAUGCGGGCACGUGGGCCGGGAACCUGAUGGUCAAGUACCACCACCCUGAGUUCCCGUCCGACGUCUUCACCCUGCUGGAGGCUGUGUCGGCGCGUGUACACGUCCUGGAUCACAGCACCGAGACUGAGAGUGACCACGGCCUCACAGAGUUCCUUCAACUGGACAUGUCUGGGAAGACCAUCACGCGUCUAGAGCUGUUUCAGCUAGAUAGCAGGACCCGUGUCCAGUCUUUCAAGAUAUCGCCCAGACAUCAGAAUGCCCACGCCUAUGUGAAUGCAGCCUUCUGCAUGGUCGUGGAUUCCCAGAACAGGGUGGUAGGCCGCCCGUCUUUGGUCUUCGGCGGUAUUAGUCCCAACACGAUCCAUGCCAGUAAAACUGAGGAUCUGAUGAUGGGUAAAUGUCUGUCAGACGCAUCGUUGUUGCAAGAUAUCCUAAAGUAUCUGUUCGCUGAACUACAACCAACACAACAAAAGCUCUCGGCCAGCCCAGAAUACAGGCGCCAGUUGGCUGUAAAUCUCUUCUAUAAGUUUCUCCUAAACCUUCGGAAUGGGGAAGAGGGAGAUAACUCUUACCGCCCUCUGUCGACAAGUCGACAAACUUUCGAGAACGUUCCGUCUGAAUGGCCUUUGAAGGAGCCGAUGCCGAAACUGACCGCUCCGCUACAGGCUUCAGGGGAGGCAGUGUUCGUGGAUGAUCUGCCGGCGAUGAAGAACCAACUGUACGGAGCAUUCGUCCUCACGUCCGUCGCCAAUGGAAAGCUCGUAGAUAUCGACGCCUCAAAAGCUGUGAACAUACCUGGAGUGGUAAGAUUUUUUACCGCAAAGGACAUUCCCGGCGGGAACAAUGCUCUGAAACAGGUGUCAUUCCCUCAACAAAGGGAAGAGCUGUUCUGCAGCGGCGAUGUGAAACAUGCAGGGCAACAGAUCGGAUUUAUUGUGGCAGAAUCUCAGAGUCUGGCUGAGGAGGCAUCCAGGCAAGUUUCCGUCACAUACACUGAUACUAAGACGCCAAUACUCUCUGUACAGGACGCCAUCCUCAACAACAGCUACCACGCCAAUCCGCUGAAGGAAACUAGGAUUGGGGCGCCUGAAGACGCCAUGGCUGCCUCAAUCUCAACGGUGGAGGGCCAGUGUACCAUGGAGAACCUGUUUCAUUUCUAUCUCGAGAACAACGCUGCAGUGUGUGUUCCUUCAGAGGAUGGUCUAGAUGUAUAUACGCCCAACCAGGCACUCAGUGGCGUUCAACGGGCCAUCGCUGCAGUCAUUGGCCAACCCUGCAACUACGUCAAUGUAACGGUCCCACGUAUUGGAGGAUCAUUUGGGGGUAAAAACAUCGGCACAGCCCCCCCAUGCAUUGCGCCAGCGUUGGCAGCCUACAAGCUGAAUAGGCCCGUGAGAACCACCGUGGGUCUGGCAACUGCUAUGGAGAUGCUCGGAAACAGAGGAUCUAUUCUGGCCAAGUAUCAGGCGGGCGUCGAUGGUGACGGACGUCUCCAAGCUGUAACCGUCGACGUGUACUGUGACUGCGGCUACACGUCCAACUGGGUGUACAACUAUCUGGGGAUACUUGCCGACAUUGAUGGAGGUUACUUCUGUCCAAACAGACGAGUGAGGAUUAUACUGUGUCACACCAACAAACCAACCAGCCAGUCUAUGAGGGCACCAGGCAACUACCCAGCAGGCUUCAUCGUCGAGUCAGUGAUGGAACACGUGGCCAGAUUCCUGCAAAUGGACCCGGAUGUUGUUAAAGAGAGGAACUUGUACCACCACGGCCAGAUUUCCUCUUUGGGGUAUGAGAUGAAGCACUGCUCUCUAAGCAGAUUGUGGACGAAACUACAGGAGACUGCUGAAAUCGAGAGACGCAAGGCAGAGCUCGACGUCUUCAACAAGGUAAUAAUGAUCAAUGAUACAGAUCAAAUUUCCUGGAAUUUACAGGUGAUCCGACAAAUAAUAUUUACAGGCAUGUACAACCAUGUCGGAACAGAACAUGAAGUAGACGGGACAAGUGUCGUUCAAGGCGGCGUGGAGAUGGGACAAGGGCUUUAUACAAAGGUAGCUCAGGCAGUGGCCAGUAGUCUGGGUAUACCGAUUGCCACAAUCAAGGUCCGUCCCAACACCUCCCACGUUGGCGUCAACAACUUCCCGACUGCGGGCAGCUCAACCAGCGAACUGGCUGUCGGCUCUGCUCUGCGCUGCUGUGAGAUUCUGAAGGAGAGGAUGAAGCCAGCCAGGAAGAAUUUUGCUGAAGGUGCUGGUUGGCUUACAGUAGUGAGGGAGUGCUCCAAACUAGGCAUCGAACUGGCAGCGAAACACAAAUGGAAACCCGAAUGUGAAGGUGGUGCCUACUCCCCUGCCUAUUGUGCCUACGCCGUUGGGGCUAGUGAGGUGGAGCUAGAUGUUCUGACGGGUGAAAACCACAUCAGAAGAGUGGAUAUCAUCUAUGACUGUGGCGAAAGCCUAAACCCAGUGGUGGAUGUAGGCCAGAUCGAGGGCGCGUUCCUGAUGGGCGUUGGGGGGCUGCUGAUGGAGAGAGUUGUGUAUGACGAGGUCACAGGCAGAGUCCUCAACAACAGUACAUGGGACUACAAGCCGCCGACAUGUAAGGAUAUCCCGAUCGACUGGCGGAUCUCGUUGCUGCCUCACGCACCAUGUCAACAAGGAAUAAGGGGAUCUAAAGCGGUGGGGGAGCCUCCUAUUAUGCUUUCGACAGGGGUAUUCUUUGCCCUGAAACACGCUGUAGGUGCAGCCAGGUAUGACGUGACGCCGGACAACACUUUCCACGAGUCUGCGGCCCCCAUGACGGUGGAGAGAACGCAUCAGGACAUCGGCGUAGUUGUGGAGCAUCUACAGUUCUAGCAUGCACUCUGGGUCUUCCCUCCAAUCCACAAACCUUUCGUUCAGGGUUAAGGUGAACCCUGAUCAUCCCUGCGACAAAGAUGGCAUUUCCAGUUAGCUUACCGUGGGAACAUGUUCAAUGACAUUGGCUCUGCUGUCUGCUGGUCACACCAUGCCCAUCUUCAUGUGGAACUUGUUUGUUUACCCAUUUUAUGUGACUACGAGAUUCAUUCUCUCGUAUAGUAAUGUGUAUGGAUUUAGUUGAGGAUGGAAGUAACUCCUGCAGUUACCGCGUUUACAGAGAUCAGGGACAUGGGAUACACAAGAAGGAAACAGACAUAUGUAACAAUUUUUGAACAAUUCAGUCCUGGACAUAUAAAGCCAGGGACAUACUUGACUGUCAGAAAUAAACAUGGACAAAGAACACAAAGAAAUAUACAUAUACAUUUAUGGAAGGGUAAAAAUGUUGCAUAAUCAGUUAAUGCUACAGCGACAUUAAGUGUAUGUGUGUGUGUAUGUAUGUGUGCGUGUGUGUAUGUAUGUAUGUAUGUAUGUAUGCGUGUGCGUGCAAGGGUCCGUAGUUGUGUGCGUUUGUGUGAGUGUUCCUGCGUUCGUGCAUGUUACAUGUUCCUUUCCUGGAGUAAAUCAGGUCUGCAUUGGGGCA